AUGUCUGUAUUGUUCAGACUUGUACAGCUUCUGGGCAAACUUCAGACACAGAGAGACACGUCGGUCUUCGAGUUUCUGGAGUUCAUAUCAACAUUAAUUUUUUUGUCACAAUGUCUAGGUGAAUGUGGUGCAUAUAUCACUGGGAAAUCGUCUGGCUUCGUCUAUUCCCCCAACUAUCCAGGACUGUAUAGCAACAACUUGUACUGUCUGUGGACUAUAGAGGUCAACACGGGGGAAGGGGUGAAGAUGACGCCAGUAUCGUUUUCUUUGGAAGAUGGCUAUGAUUUGUUAUACAUCUACAUGGGGGAACUAGACACCCUUACCCUUUUGGGACGGUACACCGGACAAAGCAUUGCGGGGGAAAUCAUUGCCACUUACAACAUGGCCCAUCUACUUCUCACUUCGGACGAGUCUUACACGGAUGGUGGCUUCAAAAUCCAAUUUGAGGCAUUUGAUUUGACGGGUUUUCCGUGCCCGGACCCUGGCGUUCCCACCAACGGCUACAGGAUCGGAGACACGUUUGACGAGUGGUCGGUUGUUACGUUUGGCUGUGAAGACGGCUACAUGUUGCUCGGCCAGCAAAACCUGACUUGUGUGUCCGGGCACUGGAACUUCAGCCCUCCACGCUGUUCAGAUCGCCAGGGAUAUCAACGGAUGCACCAUCUGUUAGGAGAUACUGGUGCGUUUUCGUCCAUGAACUACCCGCACUACCCCUACCGGAACCACGUGUAUCAGCAGUGGAACAUUGCCGUCGACACACACAAGGCUGUCAAACUGACGUUUGUGGAUUUCGAUAUCGAUUUAAACCAAGGCUGUGAAGACUAUGUAAUAGCUCACGACCCUGAUGUUGAAGCACACGUGGCACAUUGGUGUGGCACUUGUGUCCCCUCUCCUAAAACCUCGACUGGAAACCGUCUUAACGUCAUUUUCGUGACAGACUUUGUGAUUCGCAGAGCUGGGUUUUCUGCGCGAUAUAAAGCGGUGGAAAAGGGCCAAGGAACCGGAUGGGAAGUAGUCGGUAUAGAACGCUUUCUGCAGAUUUCAGUAGGACGUGUUGGAGUGUGGGCAGUCUAUAACCACUCUACUGUCAUGUACCGUGUAGGGACGUACGGGAACAAGGAAACAGCUGGCCUCGGUUGGCGACCAGUACAGAUCGACAGUGUCAACAAUUAUCUUUUUAACUUCGAGAAGCUGGCUGUGGAGACCUCUCGUGUGCCUGUAGAGAUAGACUGGCUACAUUCCGGAAAGAAUUUUGUCUGGGUCAUUGGAACCGACUUUUCAUAUAAGCAAGGAGAAGCCAUAGUCAGAAAAGGAAUAAGUCCAGGAACACCAGAAGGGAAGACAUGGGAGACUGUCGGAGCAGCAAAUAUAAAGCAAGUCAGCGUCAGCUCUAGAACUGGGCAGCUGUGGGCGGUUGAAUUGGGCCAUAGAGUGUGGCGUUCACCUUUCUACUGUGAAAUCACGAUGAAGUACGACUGGGAAUCAACUGAUGGCUGCUUACAGUCUAUAUCGGUUGGGCGUGUCGGAGUUUGGGCUGUCGACAGGGAGGGCGAUGUGUACCACAGAGCGGGGACAUUUUGGAACGAAACCUCCCCUGAAAAACGUCUAUGUGCAGAGGACGAGAUCAUUUGCCCUCACAGUGGAAAAUGUAUCCCAGAUUGCAGUGUGUGUGACGGCGUAGUGGACUGUGGGGAGGAUGAUGGCAGUGACGAACGAAACUGCUGGUUUGCCGCCUGCUCGGAGAAAAACAGACGGCUGUGUGACGGAGCUGCGGGCUGCUACAGCCCCAGUCGUGUGUGCGACGGGGACUGGAACUGUGGAGAAGACAAGGAAGACGAGAGGGACUGUCGAGACAGCUGCUUUGAGUUAGAAGAACGAGGUUUAUCUCUUCGGCGGAACCAAGCCCAGUGCCGUGAUUUGAAGGGCUGUGUGAAGAUCACGAAAGUUUGUGAUGGCGAGAGGGACUGUUCAGACGGCUCUGAUGAGAUCAGAUGUGACGAAUUCUGCUCCCUUCAUGGUUUGUUCGGCGACACUGCUUUCUGGAAGUGCCGAGAUUCCUCAGGUUGUAUAAAAGGAGAAUCUCUGUGUAACGGCCUUCCUGACUGUGAAGACGGCUCGGACGAAGAAAACUGUGGACUGUCGCACCCGUGCAAUGGAAAUGACGAGUGGAAAUGCCCUGGAGAAAACACUUGUCUGCCGAAGGUCUACGUUUGUGAUUCAAUACCUCAGUGCUCAAAUGGAAAGGACGAAGAAAACUGUGGUCAGUAUGCAUGCAAUGCCACUGGUGAUUUUGAUUGUAUAUCACCCAAAAAAUGCAUUGAACAGCGCCGUGUUUGCGAUGGAGUUCCUGACUGUGUCUCAUUCUUUCAGUCAGUACGGUGCCCUGGUACAAAGUGUGAGGAAACACACAAGUGCAUUCCCUCCACUAAUGUCUGUGAUGGAGUACCGGACUGUCUGGCGUCUACAGAGGAGCAGGAUUGUGCGUCAACAAGAUGUCUGGAUACGAUGACAGAACACGACAAAUUUAAGGAAAUCGGCAUCGCUCAGUAUUGUGAUGGCACAGAAGAUUGCAGGAGCGGGGCAGACGAAAGUCCGAGGAAAUGUGGGCGGGGAGGUUGUUUGCUGCCUUUGUCCUUACUUCUAGAGGAGUAUUCAAUCGAAAAGGGUGCCGGUGCAAGUGACGUCAUCCACAGUAACCAUGAGCUGACUCUGGUAGAAUGGGUGGUUGAGGGGUUCGAUGAUUGGUUGCAGAUUACUAUGGGUGAACCUGUUCAACUCACCGGAGUAGAGUUUUCAGGUUCAAGGCUAUCACAUACUCUAACAUUUACGUUGGAGCAUGGUGUUUGGGCUGACUGUUUGACGGCGUAUACGGAAGAAGACGGAGUAAAGAUAUUCCAAACGCUCAACAAUGGUGCUGGACAAAGUAAGCAUUACCUGGCCAUACCGGUGCAGGCCAGGGUGGUCAGGCUUACGCCUCAAUCAGACGCCUGGGUGGACAGAGCUAUCUGGGAAGUAGGACUUUUGGGAUGUCCUAUAAAAGACCAUCGUGAAAAUGACAGAUCGUGUGGUAAAAGUUGGACGAUGUUUGAAGAACGCUGUUAUCAGAAGUUUUCCUCCCCGCUUGUGUGGCGGGCUGCGGACAGGUACUGCCAGGCUCUGGGUGGUCAUCUGGCGGCCGUCAACUCGCCACGGGAGAACGGCUUUCUCCGGGGCAGCAUUGGGAGUGGGUGGAUCGGGAUGAUGCUGGAUGCUGUCUUGAUCAAGAAUGUAAGCCAGAAUACUGUCAACUUUACUUGGAGCGACGGAAGUCCUGUGGGUGGCGCUUUCCAGGAACAAGACAUUUCAUUCGAUGGUUUCCAGGAAUACAUACGGAGACUGAAUGAUCCCUUCUGUGCCUUUCUAGAAAAUCACGUGUGCGACAAUUGCAUGGCCAAUAAGGCUGUGUGUGGCAACAUCCGAUGUGGCAGCCCUGACCAGUACCGCUGUGGACUGAUCUACUCUCCCGGGUACCCAGCCGCCUUCCCUCCGUCAGUCCUCUGCCUGUGGACCAUCGAUGGUCCUCCUGGAAGUUUCGUCACGCUUCUGCUGCUAGACGUUGAUUUGCCGGGAUACUCGAAUGGGGCCUGCACAAGUCGUGUGCUGCAGGUCAGGGACAGGUUCCUGGCGGUAAGGUGGAACACGAUUCAUGGACUUUGUCGCGGCGAGGGUGAACAGAAGCGCUACGUGUCGAGCUCGAAUGACAUGCAGUUGGCCAUGUUGGCGACGAGCAAUGAUGCUUUUCUCGGCGACAGCCGCGGGUUUAUGGCGACGUUUAACAUCAGUACCUUCAGUUCCAGCCGCCAAGUGCAGAACCUACCUGAUGAUGCAGGAAUCGUGUGCCCGUGUGGCUGGCACUUGUUCCGCCGGAACUGUUUUCAGACCUUCCGACAUACUUCGCCUGUGACCUGGGAGGAGUCGGACGCCAAGUGCCGAGAAUUUGGUGCCAACUUAACCAGCGUGGCUGACCAGGCGGAAAUGGAAUUCCUCCACAUUCUUUUGGUCACAAACGUGGUCAUCAAACGCAUCACUGAUCCGAUGCUUUUCAUCGGUCUGCACGAUGUUUCUCAAAACCGAUCCUUCGUCUGGACCGAUGGCACUCCGGUCACGUACACGGACUGGUCACCCAUGGAUAUCAGAACCGGGUUCCCACAACCGGACGGCGCCAAGAUCAACUUCUGCGUUGCCAUAGUGAUGAAGAACGUCUGGGGAACUGACCAAUGGUACGACGUCGCCUGCGAUGACCGAGCCACGAGGUCCUACAUCUGCAAGCAGGCGGCAAACCGAGUCAACCGUCCGGGAGAUAAUACCUAA